AGAUUUGUUACCGGAAUCGGUGAGGGAAUUGGUGACCGUAUAAAGAGGAACAGAGUUUGGGCAUUAAUCGGGUAUACCGGGUAAACCCGACCCGGAUUAAACCGUGGUUAAUCAUUUAACCCCCAUACUUAAACUGCAUAAGUAACCAUGGUUCAUACAAACCCAGUGUCACGCCCCUCUUCGCUAUAUCUCUAGCUUUUUUUUUUUUUUUUUGUGUGCGCGUGUGUUUUCAUAUCGGAGAAGACGACUCUUCGUUACGUGUUUCCUCGUCGGAAGCUUACUCGGUUAUCUCUUUUUUUUUUUUAUCUUUAGGCUGGAAAAAAAUUGUAGAGACACGAAGAAGAAGGGUUCAUUUUCGAAAUCGAAGCCGCAAUCACUUUACUGGGAAAAUUUACGUGUGAUUGAAAUCUCUCUCCUGGAGAAUUCUUCGCUUCUGUCUAUCAGGGAAUUGAAGGUGGAGAGACCUGGGUUGUCGGGUUUCAGUCAGUAUAUCGAGUUCUUACUGAGAUUUUUUUGUUGAAUGCGUUCGGUUUCGGAGUGGGAAAUUAGGGUUCUUACGUUGAUCUCUUGAAUCUCAAGGCCUCGCUGGGUCUGGCUUUCUCUAUAAUUCAGUUAUUCUUGUUUUUUUGGGCCCUUUUUCUCUGGGAGAUAAAAGCCGAGAUGAAUAUGGGUGAACGAGGAUGGGAUGAUGAAGAGAAGGCCAUGGUUAGCGCAGUUUUAGGGCAACGAGCUUUUGAUUACCUGAGAGCUAGUCCGGUUUCCAACGAGAAUUUGUUUGCGACAAUGGGAAGCGACGAGAGUUUGCAGAUCAAGCUCUCCGAUCUGGUGGACCGUCCAAACUCGAUGAAUUUCAGCUGGAACUACGCAAUCUUCUGGCAGCUUUCGCAGUCUAGAUCCGGACAUCUGGUCCUUGUCUGGGGAGAUGGGUGUUGCCGAGAACCGAACAAGGAAGAGGAAUCGGAAGCAGUCGGAGCCCGCAAUGGCGGACUGGAAGAGGAUAACUGGCAGAACAUGAGGAAAAGAGUGCUGCAGAAGCUGCACAGAUUCUCCGGUGGAUCUGAUGAGGAUAAUUAUGCUCUUGGAUUGGAUAGAGUUACAGAAACGGAGAUGUUCUUCUUGGUGUCCAUGUACUUCUCCUUCCCCAACGGAGAAGGUGGCCCUGGAAGAUGUUUUGCAUCAGGAAACCAUUUCUGGAUAUCUGAUGCUAUGAACACUGCUUCCGAUUACUGCUUCAGGUCCUUCCUCGCAAAGUCUGCUGGAAUCCGUACAAUUGUCAUGGUCCCCAUGGAUAUGGGUGUUGUCGAGCUCGGUUCUGUCCGGUCUUUGCCUGAAAACAUGGAGCUGGUUCAUUCUGUAAGGUCUUUGUUCUCGACCAGGGUGCAUCAAACGGCUACCCUUUUCCCAUACCCCAUGAACGAGAGGAGAGAUGAUGACAACAACGUGGAGAAAAACACAGGAGGUGUUCACAAGCUCUUUGGACAGGAACUGGGUCACUCGAACUCGAACCACUGUCACGCCUUUCCUCCUUUCAGAGAGAACAUGGCAUCAAGAAAGAUGGAUGAGAGGUUUCCUCCUCAGCCAUGGCCAGAAGGCUAUCAAAGUCCGAGGAAUGGAUUUCAUGCUCUGACACCUCACGCAGCUCAAACGACGGCUCUUUAUGCAGCUCAAACAACGGAUAGCAACAUGCAAGGGCAGGUCAACGCAACUAAAGAAGAUGCCCAGCUAAAUAAUCACCAAUCUCCAAAGCCAACCAGCCAGAUGCAGAUUGAUUAUGCGGCCUCUUCUAAACCCUCACCAAAUACUGUGUCGAGAAAUUUGGAUUCUUGUCUGGAGAAAAGAGCGGCUGCGGCUAUGGAGGAGAAGAGGCCAAGAAAGCGAGGAAGGAAGCCUGCUAAUGGAAGGGAAGAGCCACUGAACCAUGUGGAAGCUGAACGGAUGAGGAGGGAGAAGCUCAAUCAACGGUUCUACGCCUUACGUUCAGUCGUGCCCAACAUCUCGAAGAUGGACAAAGCGUCUCUCCUCGGAGACGCCAUUGCUUACAUCAACGAGCUUCAGGAGAAGGUCAAGGUCAUGGAAGCAGAGAGGACUGGGACAGGAAGCUCACCAUCACCAGGGGAACCAAACCCAAGUCUGGAAUCUUCCAACUUGAUUCCAGAUGUCGAGUUCCAGACCCUGAACGACGAGGUUGUCGUGCAGGUGAGUUCCCCACUGGAUACGCAUCCCGUUUCAAGAAUUAUUCAAGCGGUCAGAAAUUCUCAGGUCAGUGUCUUGGAAUCCAAGUUAUCACUCAUCAACGACACGGUGUUUCACACGUUCGUGAUCAAAUCUGAUGGGUCGGAGGUUCUGACGAAAGAGAAGCUGAUGGCGGCGGUUUGCCCGGAAGUCGGCUCCGAGGAGCCGUUACCGUCAUCCGGGUCGCAGGUUUCCGGUAGCCUCUGACGUAGUAACACAGUGUCGGUUUUCUUGUUCAGGUCCAUAAACGAAUAGAUCAUCUUGCUUUAGGGGAAUCUCAGUUUUCGUAUCAUUGUUUGACGCUAUACGAAUCUCCGAUCAUUACAUCAAUAAUUCAACAUAGUUUUGAAAUAUUAUCAAUUUUUUUAUUUUA